CACACAUUUAGUAUCUGUUCCCCUUAUCAACAUGUCCGAGUCGUUCUACACAUCCUCUUCUGCUCCGAAUUUGCCAAGCGCUUCAACAGCAACACCACCUCCUUCGUCACCCAUCGCAGCCGGCGCACCACCGCCCCCACCACCCAAGCCUAUCUCACACUUCAAUAGCCAGACACAAAGCGCCAAUGCGAGCCGUACGGGCACUCCAGUUCUCUCUUCGACACCAAUGGCAGCCGCUCCAGGCGUAACAAACUCCCCUCGCCCACCACCACCCGUCCCAACUGCUCAGUCUUCUUUAACAUCACUACCCCAGCAGCAACAACCGCAACCACCACAUCGCCCUAUCCCUCCUCCAAUGCUGUCAGAUCGCUGGAUCCCCUCUCAAAUCCAAGACAAACCGAUCAAUGAACUCCAUCCAUUAGUCAGCAACCCAUCCCUCCUCGCUUCACUGGCCUCAACGCAUCCAUCUUACUCCUCCUCCCUUGUUCCCUUGCAGUCUGCGAUUCAAGCAAACAUCCAGCUUGCCCAGCAAGUCUCACAACUCGAGAGCCAACUACGCCAGCUGCGGGACGAGACUGCGCAACUUUUAUUGAACCAUACGUCGUUACAGUCCCAGUGGCGCCGGAAACAAAGCGAGAUGGACGAUGCCCUGUCACCCUGGGGACCCAGACAGAUGUAUCAGCGGCUGGUCUCGAGUAUAUCAGAGCAGGAGGCGCUACUUAGGGCUAUGCAGGAGAGCUUCCUAGAGGGUUCGAGCGGUGACGAUGCGGGACAUGGGAAGGCCAGUGAGAAAGAGGUCACGGACUGGGUGAGAAGGAUUAGAGAGGGUGCGACGACGCUAGAGAAGAGGAGGGAGAUGAGAGCCAGAUGGGAUGAAGGCAGAGUUGGUGGAUGGAGAUGAUCCUGAUCUGCUCUGGUACCACACUCCAGCAAUCUGAUUCCCUGGACAGUCAUUUAUUCGGAUAUUGCCGUCGUCAAGUUUCGCGUUCCUCGUUGAUCGACGACACCGAUCAGCUUGGGCGUCACUCAACAAUGAUGACCAGUCCGCCGUCUUCAGUUUCAUGAGUGACGGCAUCGCCGGUAUCACUAUCCAGGCGAAGCUAUUCGCUACACAGGGCGAACAGGCUCAGCGCCUUGCUUGGUUAGCAACGAAUGCCAGGCAUGAACGCUUCCAUCCAGGGACAACAAAACUGCCGGUUCGUAUACCUCGUACGGAGCUACGUGAAGCCUUUACAUGGGAUUACACUUGUCGAACAUAAAGUAGUCCCCUCGCACGAUGUCGGUCUAGUGAGCCCUUCUAAGGGUUCGCAGCAUGCCUGAAUCUACCAUGCAGUGGUGGGACGCUGGGGUGUUGCUGGCUAUGCAGUGUCGGACAGUAACGGUCGGGCCGGCUUUUCUUAUCCGUUGAUGCCCGUCGAACUAGGUCAUCAUCACCCUUCCCUCGGUUCCAACCAGGCAGCAUUCUUACUCGAAUCCUCCUGGACAACUUGAUCUUAUUCAUGAACGGUAUCGCAAUGUUGCCUAUGGUGGAUUUCCAUCUCUUCUGAAAACCCUACAUAUUCGAACGCUGAGAAAAGUCUACGUAACCGAUACCUUUGACAAACGUCGCC